AUGGGUAGCCACCAUCCAUCGUGUCCUUUCUGUCCCUUUUUCGACGAAGAUGCGGGUUUUGUAGCUCAGCAUAUUGAUUAUUGCCAUCCAGAGGAAGGAGUCCCAGCGGAGUCCUCCCGAGAGCCCGAGGACGAUUCCAUACAAUAUGUGGAUUGCCCGCAUGGGUGUGGUGAGACAGUGGGUUUAUCAGAACUAUCUACACACCUAGACCUCCAUACUGCCGAGAGUAUUCCAGCCGAUGGGAAUGGCUGGUCCCAGGAUUCAAAUCCGACUUUCGGUGAUCAUGAGCUGUCUUCGGAUUCGAAUGAGCCUAUGGGCCACGCCAGUGGGCGUAAAGGUGGUAAAAUGGCUGCAGACCGUGGUCUCCUACAAAGUAAUCCCUCAAAACGGUCACGGACACGUAGCCCCGCAGCAACGAUCGAGUCAGGGCCUGCGAAGCGCUUAGGGCGAUCCGAACUUGGGCCUCAUGCCCACGAAAAGAAAAUGCCCUCGUGGCUCAAGAAGAUGCUGGAAAAGGGCGGCCAAACUACCAAGCAGACUCAGAUCACCGCGGACGGGAGACUUACUCGGCACACUAAAGUUGAGAAUGAGACCGACAAUCUGGUCCCUGUGCUGGGUAGACUAUGUGAACAGGACAAAUCUGUCCAACGUGCGUUUUUGUGCAGCCCCAAGGUUCAACAUGUCUGCAAAAUGCCACGUGAAGGAGGCUUCUGUGGAUACCGUAAUAUCCAAAUGAUGAUCUCGUACAUCAAAAAAUCCCAGAGCCCCGGCCAUGAACACUUUCCACGUGGCAUACCAACAAUUCUAGAGCUGCAAGAACGGAUUGAAGAAGCUUGGGACAGAGGCUUCAACAGUAGAGGCAGAGUAGAAACUGGAGGCAUCCGGGGCACGCGAAAAUUUAUUGGAACGCCUGAGCCUAUCCUUAGAUGUGAAGCCAGUAGUUUCGGCCAGAAGGAGGGCAUCCGAGCUUAUGAAUCUCUCUACGAUCAUAUUGCUGCAUACUUUCGGGCCGGGUGCUCCAUCGAAGACGAGGACAGUAAAGUCUCGAAGACCGAUCUUCCACCCGUCUACUUUCAGCAUCAAGGUGGACUCAGAACCCCUCUAUGGAACUAUAUCAGAAGCGACGGCAGUGCUAACCUGCUUGUCUUCGACCCUAUGUUCAAGACGUCGCCCGCUAUGCAUCGUCUCAUUGGGACAUCUGCUCGCUCUGAGAACCCGGCUCGACUGCUCAAAGCCUACCGCCGUGGGGCGUCCUACCUUCAAAAACACAGAGUCUUUGAGAUCAUCAAGUGGGUCUUACCCUGGUAG